CUGGUUAGGUGGAAAUCAAUUCAAAGAAUCUUUUUUCCAUUAUAAUUCAUGCAAGAUUCACUGUAAAUCUUUACAGCCAUAAAUUAGUCCAAGUAUUGGGCAUCAAAACCGUGCUCGUGGUAUCUAAAUAUAGUAGCUCGACAUACAAAGAAAGAUUGGGGUGUUAUUUAGUGCUCUGGAUUGUCAACUUGCUGGUGUCUGUAAGGAUGAAGAUUUUAACGGUAUAUAGGUAAUGUUGAAUUGAAUUUUUAAGGUUGUAGCAGUAUUGGUGACCGGAGUGAAGGAAGGUAAAGGAAAGAGAGAUGACAAGCUCCACCGAAGAUGCAGUCCAUCAGUCCAGAGUUCCUGGAAAGGAUGAAUCCAUUAUUGACAUGAAAGGAGAUGAAGUGAAUGACAGUCCUAUAGAGCAAGUAAGGUUGACGGUUCCCAUCACAGAUGAUCCUUCACAACCUGUGUUGACUUUUCGAACGUGGCUUCUUGGGUUAGCAUCAUGCGUGCUGCUCUCUUUCGUGAAUCAAUUUUUUGCUUACCGUUCAAAUCAACUUAGUGUCACUGCAGUUUCAGCGCAAAUUGUCACUCUCCCACUUGGAAAGCUGAUGGCUUCAACACUUCCCAAGAAGCAGAUCAAAAUUCCAUUGACAAAAUGGUCAUUUUCCUUGAAUCCAGGGCCUUUCAAUUUGAAAGAACAUGUCUUGAUAACCAUAUUUGCAAGCGCUGGAACUGGAGGUGUUUAUGCAGUAAGCAUUAUCACUUCUGUCAAGGCCUUCUAUAGGAGACCUCUACAUCCGGUUGCGGCUAUGUUGCUAGUACAAACAACUCAGAUGCUUGGGUAUGGAUGGGCCGGUGUUUUUAGGAAAUUUCUGGUGGAUUCACCAUACAUGUGGUGGCCCUCAAACCUCGUUCAAGUCUCUCUAUUCAGGGCAUUACAUGAAAAAGAAAAGAGAAGCAAGGGAGGACUCACUAGGCUGCAAUUCUUUCUCGUUGUUUUCAUAUCUAGUUUUGCUUACUAUCUCUUUCCAGGCUACCUUUUCCCUUCCUUGUCUACGAUCUCCUUCAUUUGUUGGAUAUGGAAAGACUCGGUCACUGCUCAACAGAUCGGUUCAGGGCUAAAUGGCCUUGGAAUUGGCUCUUUUGGCCUCGACUGGUCCACUGUUUCUAGCUUCUUGGGGACACCUCUUGCUGUGCCCUUCUUUGCUAUUGCAAACACUCUGGGCGGUUUUUUCUUGCUAAUGUAUAUUAUAGUGCCCAUUGGUUACUGGACUAAUGCAUUUGAUGCUAAGAAAUUCCCCAUCUUUUCUGCCCACACUUUUGACAAUGCUGGUCAGACGUACAACAUAAGCCGAAUUCUCAACCAAAAAACUUUCGACAUUGAUCUAGAUGCCUAUAAAGCUUACAGCAAGCUACAUCUCAGUGUUUUAUUUGCCUUUGCAUAUGGACUUGGUUUUGCAGCUCUGAUGGCCACUAUUUCACAUGUUGCACUCUUUGAGGGAAAGAGUAUUUGGAUCUUGUGGAGGAAGACUUCCAGUGCAGUGAAAGAUAAAUAUGCUGAUGUGCAUACUAGACUGAUGAAGAAGAACUAUGAAGUGGUUCCUCAAUGGUGGUUUGUUGCAAUCUUGGUUGUAUCUGUGGCUUUAUCCCUUCUUGCAGUAGAAGGUUUUAACAAACAAUUACAACUUCCAUGGUGGGGGCUUCUCUUUGCUUGUGCAAUUGCCCUUGUUUUCACCCUGCCCAUUGGGGUUGUUCAGGCCACAACAAACAUGCAAAUGGGUCUAAAUGUGAUUUCAGAGUUUAUUAUCGGAUAUAUCUACCCUGGGAGGCCUCUUGCCAAUGUGACAUUCAAGACAUAUGGAUACAUAAGCAUGGCUCAAGCCCUUUUCUUUCUGCAAGACUUCAAAUUAGGCCACUAUAUGAAAAUUCCUCCCAAAUCCAUGUUCAUUGUUCAGUUUGUUGGAACAAUUGCUUCUUCGACUGUCUACUUUGCUACAGCCUGGUGGCUUCUAUCAACUGUUGAUAACAUAUGUAUCCCAGAAUUGUUACCAGAAGGAAGUCCAUGGACAUGCCCUGGGGACGGUGUUUUUUACAAUGCUUCAAUCAUAUGGGGAGUCGUAGGCCCUCUCAGAAUGUUUGGGAAUUUAGGUUUGUACAAUAGCAUGUGCUGGUUCUUUCUAAUUGGUCUAGUAGCCCCAGUUCCAAUAUGGUUAUUGUCGCGCAAAUAUCCUGAGAAGAAAUGGAUCAGGCUCAUCCACAUGCCAAUUUUUUUGUCAGCCACAUCAAGCAUGCCUCCAGCUGGAGCUGUGCACUACUUGAGCUGGGGAGUUGUUGGAAUAUUUUUCAACUUCUAUAUUUAUAGAAUGUACAAGGCAUGGUGGGCUAGGCAUAAUUACAUCUUAUCAGCUGGUCUGGAUGCUGGUGUUGCUUUCAUGGGGAUAAUCGUCUUCUUCAGCCUUCAAUCCCAGAAUAUCUAUGGUCCUCAAUGGUGGGGUCUGGAUAGCACUGACCAUUGCCCAAUUGCAAAUUGCCCCACUGCUCCAGGGAUUGUUGUGGAGGGAUGCCCUGUUGUUAAUUGAGCUGCUUGAAUAUUUCCCUAGAUGCAUCAGAACAUGUGGAAUACAGACAGCUUCGUUUUCAAUGGCACAUUCUCGUAUAGUAUUAUGGGAAUUAUAAAUGGUAGAUAUAUAAUGUCGUUUGUAAAAAGUCCUUUUUUUUUUUUUCUUUAUGCUUGUUAGAUUUCAGACUUUUGGCUUUCAUAUUCCUAGUUUGAGUCCUUUCUUUCUUUUUCUUUUUCUUUUUAAUGAUGUUUUAUUAACUAUUUCAAUAGAUUUUCUUCAUAAUUUUAUGUUUAUCAAAUUUUAUAUUUAAGUUU